UAGCUUACAACAACAACAACAACAGCAAACAAUGGCGGACAAAAUCUCAGCGGAAGAUUUCGGCAAAAUGAAGGUUGCAGAUUUGAAGAAAGCCCUGAAAGAGAGAGGUUUACCUUUGACUGGCACUAAAAGUGAACUUCUAGAAAGACUUAAGUCUGCUGUCCAAUCAGAGGAAGAGCAAUAUAUAGAAGACUUUCCUUUCUUUGAUGACAAAUUUCUUGAGUGUGAGGCUGCCACUGACACUACAGCAGCUUUAGAAGAUUCUAUUUUGGAUGACAGUGUGGAUCUUUCUGUGCCAAAGCCUGCUCCUAAACCAGCUGUUGUUGAUAAGGAGGCUGAACCAGUUGUCAAGAAGAUUACUUCACCACAGAAAACUGAUGAUGAAGCAGAAUCAAAACCUAAACUUGUGUCAACUCAACUGUCUGCUGAAGAGAGAAUGAAACAGAGAGCAGAAAGGUUUGGUGUGGUAAAUGAAGAUUUGAAAAAGCAGAUCAGAGCAGAAAGAUUUGGAACCAGUUCACCAUCAUCAAAGUUGUCUACAGCUGGAGCUGGGGCUGAUACAGAUGCUUUAAAGAAGAGGGCAGAAAGGUUUGGCCAAGUUUUAUCCCCAGCGUUGUCCAAAGUUGAUGAGGCAGAGAAAAUACGCAAAAGGAAAGAAAGAUUUGGAGAUGUAACGUCGGCAACAAACAACGGACCAAAUAAACCCAAACUGGUGAAAAUAACUAUGAGUUCUGCAGAAGAGGAGCAGAAGAAGAAGAGGGCUGAAAGGUUUGGAAUGUCGUGAAGUCCUAAAUAUUUUAUAUGAUGACCAUUUUUCACAAAACUUGAGAAAAAAACAGCAAUUUAAAUUCAUAGCAUCAACUUCUUAAGGCAGCUAUAUAGAAGGUAGAUGUACUUAAAUGGUAGAUGUGUGGUUAUUUUAAGGUACUUAUUGGUAUAUCUAAUUGGCUGACAUUUCUUCGUUAAGGUACUUAAAUUGUAAUUAAGGUACUUAAAUGGUCAACCUACCUUAGAAAAUACGGAGAUAUGAAAAUUAAUAGACAGUAAAUUAAGCAUCUUAAUUGGUUGAUAAUUGUAUGUUUAGAAGUAAAACUUGCUGUAAAUUAAAAUAAAACAUCAAGGUACUUAAAUGGUUAACUUUCUUAUAUUUUUGUACUUAAAA